AUGAUGGAUACAGGGAAUUGCUCAUCCUUGACCGAAUUCAUUUUCUUGGGAUUUACUGAGAAUACCAAGAAAAAAGUGACCCUAUUUACCAUGUUUCUACCUGUUUAUCUCAUUAAUCUUCUGGUGAAUCUUGGAAUGAUAACCCUGAUUAGAACAGAUCCCCAGCUGCACACACCCAUGUACUUCUUUCUCAGUCACCUCUCCUUCUGUGACCUCUGCUAUUCCACAGCAAUUGGACCCAAGAUGCUAGUGGAUCUAUUUGCCAAGAACAGAUCAAUCCCCUUCUAUGGCUGUGCUCUGCAAUUCCUGAUCUUCUGUACCUUUGCAGAUUCUGAGUGUCUACUGCUGGCAGUGAUGGCCUAUGAUCGGUACAAGGCCAUCAGCACCCCCUUGCUCUAUGCAGUCAGCAUGUCCAGCAGAGUGUGCUCCCUGCUCAUGGCUGGGGUUUACCUGAUGGGAAUAGCAGAUGCUUUGAUACACACGACAUUAGCAUUCCGCUUGUGCUUCUGCAGGUCAAAUGAGAUUAACCAUUUCUUCUGUGAUUUACCUCCACUUUUCCUCCUUUCCUGCUCUGAUAUCCAGGUCAAUGAGUUGGCAUUAUUCAUUGUUUUUGGUUUUAUUGAACUGAGUACCAUUUCAGGAGUCCUUGUUUCUUAUUGUUAUAUUAUUCUAUCAGUGUUGAAGAUCCAUUCUGCUGAGGGGAGGUUCAAAGCUUUCUCCACCUGCACCUCCCACCUAGCUGCUGUGGCAAUUUUCCAGGGAACUAUACUCUUUAUGUAUUUCCGGCCAAGCUCUUCCUACUCUCUAGAUCAAGACAAGAUGACCUCAUUGUUUUACACCCUUGUGAUUCCCAUGCUAAAUCCCCUGAUUUAUAGCCUAAAGAACAAAGAUGUGAAACAGGCCCUGAAAAGAUUGAAACUUAAAAGAUGGUGUUAA